GCCGUCAUUUGCAAGUACCGUUAAAGAGUACUUUGACUCAGAAGUCGAACUCGCCGAUUUUAAAAAACCAACGGAAACCGCAAAAAAGGCAAACGAAUGGGUCGCCGAAAUACACACGGAAAAAUCAGACAGAUCGUCACCAAAGAAUCCGUUAUGUCUUCCUGUCUGUUUCUUCUUAACGCGCUCUAUUUUAAAGGCGACUGGGAUUCACCCUUUUCUGAAAAUAAAACUCGAGAGAUGCCUUUUUAUUUGAAUGAUGAGAGCGUGGUGCAAGUGCAGAUGAUGACGGGUAGAAAAAACGCUUCCUACAAGUUCGACGAACAACUGAAUUGUCAAAUUCUGGUUUUGCCCUACUGUAAUAACGGGAUCAAGAUGGUUAUUUUACUACCAAAGGAAAAAAAUGGGAUUGGAAACCUGGAAGCUGCGUUGAGUCAGAUGGAUCUUAGUGAAAUCUUCACUAACUUGCGUCGAAGAGAAGUGGACGUGUCUUUACCGAAGUUUAAAUUCGGGACGUCCAUCGAGUUGAACGAUGUGGUAAAAGAGAUGGGGCUUGCUGUGAUGUACGACGAAGUGAACGCCGAUUUUAAGAAGAUGAUAAGAUUAGGCGCUGAGCAAAAUUUAUACGUUAGUAAAAUUCUGCAAAAGGCUUGUAUUGAGGUUAACGAAAAGGGGGCAGAAGCGGCCGUGGUUACAGUUAUAGAAAUGCAAGUCGAAGUAUGCUGUACGUACGUACAAAAGUCAAAUUAUAAGUUCGUUGUGGAUCAUCCUGCGAUUUUCAUGAUUGUUGCCGGAAAGCCUAAAAACACAAACAUUUUGUUUUAUGGAAGGUUGUACCACCCAAAGUACUAAUUAAGAAGAAAUGCAACGCAGUGAAGCAAACUGAUUUGAUUCAUAUGUACUAAAUGGUCUCAAGUUAAAGAUCAACUACAUGUCGUUUUUGGUUAUUUUGAUACGUAAAAUUGUAGCAAACAAACACUCUUGUUUUAUAAAAAAUAUAUAAUUGGAUUUAUUAUAAAUAAAUUGGUACGAGACAUCUGUUUCUUAAACUAAAUUCUCAUUUCGAUUUCUGUAUGUCACCGUAAUAGCAUCCACCUGAAGAAUAGUUAAUUUAAUGGUCCUAGCCACGAAUUAACAACGUUAUAAUUUGAACUCGCAACUUCCAAAAUUGUUUGGUUUUAAUCAAAAUGUCAAUAUACAACUGGACUGCCAGCAAUAAAACAAGACAAUUCCACGCAAGCGUGAAUCGCUUGGAAGACUUGCUCUCUGAUAUUUGGGGAAAGUAUUGAUUGGUCCACUAUAAUUUUUAUAUAACGCACAACUCUGUCAUCGUAGGUACAAAAAAAUCUAGGGAUUUCUGAGUCAAGAUUUUACCAACGAAAUUCUCCAAGGAAAUGCCGCCUUCACCAACAAGAUUUACCAAAUCCUUUCCCGGACACCCGGAAAUGUGU